AUGGCAUCAAAGCAAUCAAAAUGGUACUGCCGGGCCUGGACCCCUCCCCCCGCGAACUCCCCGACUUCGCCGGGGCCGCGCGCCGGGCCCCCUGCGGCGGGAAUGGAAGCUUCCACUCCAGGCCGGGGCCGCGCGCCGGGCCCCCCUGCGGCGGGAAUGGAAGCUUCCACUCCUGGCCGGGGCCGCGCGCCGGGCCCCCCUGCGGCGGGAAUGGAAGCUUCCACUCCAGGCCGGGGGCGCGCGCCGGGCCCCCUACGGCGGGAAUGGAAGCUUCCACUCCUGGCCGGGGGCGCGCGCGGCCGGGGAGGGGCCGCGGCACCGCCAGAGAGGGGUCAACGCGAGUCCAGGCAGGCGCCCCGGCCAGGCGCGGCCCGCGGGAACAGCCCUCUUUCCUUCCGCAACCCCGGCCCCCUCCUCUCCCGCACGCCCCCUCCCACCACUUUUCAACUUGAAAGACUCGACGAGGACACCCGGCCUCCCAGUUCUCCUCUCCAGGGUCGCCGCCACCCCCGCCAAUCUCGUCUCCCCCGCUCCGAGAAGUCCUCCGUGGAGGGGGCACCGGAUCCGGCCGCCCGGCCCGGAGCUGGGGAGGAGGAAGGGGACCUGCUCCGCGGCCGGGGCGGGGCGGGGCGGGCGCUGUCCAAGUUUGGUGCUCACGGCGGCCGGCAUUCCGAAGGAAGCGCGAUCGACGCCUCACACCGGCGUGAAGGGGGGACAUGGAGCUGGGAGAAAUUUCCACAUGCCAAAAACAUGUCCACCAACUCAAAAUGGACGCCGGGCUGCUCGCCGCCUUUUAAGCGCAGCCUCUCUCCUUCGACCACUGCCGGAGCCGCGCGCUCCCCGCUCGGCCUCCGAGAACCCGGCUCUUUCUUUCCAGAAAAGGAGGGGCGGGUAGCUCUGAGGCUGGAGACAGACUCCUUUGGGAGUCUGAGCGUGCGGCGCCGAGGCCGGCACUUUGUAGGGUGCCGCCCCAGUGCCCGGCGACCCUCGUCCCGCAGCGCGGGGUGGGGACAGCUCCAGCUCGCUUACUUGUUUGUCGCUGAGCGCGGCGAUCCGCGGCUGCCUCUCGUGGAGCUGCUUCUUGAGGUCGCUGUUCUGCGGAAACACGGAGGAGCGGGCUCAGGCCGGCGGCCCCGGGGGCUCCAGUGCGCCGGGCAGCCCGCGGGCCGCAGCCCCCCGCCCGCAGCGCGCCCCAAGUUCCCGGCCGCGUCCCGCACGCGCGGCGGCCGGGCAGCGCCGCGCGGGGCCGCUUACCUGUGGCUGCCGCCUCAUCGGGGCAGCUCGCGGGGCGGGGCGGGGCCCGAGGCCACCCGGCGGCGCGCCCCGAGCCGUGCAAGUCUGCAGGCCGGGGUGCGUGUGCGAUCCUCCCACCCCGAGGCAGGCUCGAGGAGGGGCCCCCUCCCGACACCUCCAGCCAUGCAGAUCCUGCGACGAGGAAGAGGACGCCGGGCUCGGGUCCCUGGGGCCCCCACCGCCUACCUGGUGGCGCGCGAGUUCCACGGCGAGCGCCUCGGGCGGCUCUGCAGCUCCAUCCCGGGAACUUGGGCAGCACUUUUCGCUCACUUUGGCCCCGGCUCCCGGGAAGUUGCGCGGCUCCGCGGGGGCGGGAGCGGGCGGGCGCGCACCGGGUCUCCGGGCCGGGGGGACGCGAGCCCCCUCCCCCACGGCCGAAAGGGAGGGGGGUCUGGCGAGGGGGAAGAAAGGCGGCCGGGCGCCGCGGCCGCCCAACUCCUCAGGCUGCCCGGCAAGUUGCGCCGGGUCCCCGGGCUGCCGGCGCGGCCCGGCGCAUGGCCCCCCCGGCGCCGGGAGCCCCGCGCAGCCCCGCGCGCGCCCGCCCGCCGCCGCCCGCCGCCGCCCGCCGGCAGGGACUAUAUUUCCUCCGGCGCGCGCGCCUGGAUCUCGCUGGGCCUCGGCAAAGUUGUGCUUCGGCUCGAUGCUAAUUCGGCAGUGCCCGGAUGGAGCGGGCCGGGGCGGCGGGGGGCGGUGCCGGAGCCCGCCGCCCGCCCCGCCCCCGCCCCGCGCGCGCGUGCGCACUGCCGCCCCGCCGCGGCCCGGCGCCCCGAGCGGAGAACAAAAGCGGCCGCGCGGAGGGGCGCAAACUCGCCGGCCCGCCGCUGGGGGCGGCCAGCCCGGGGCCGCUCGGGCCGGGCGCUCCUCCUCCCUCCGCCGCCUCCCCAGCCAAACCCGAGGAAAGCGGGGCGCCCGGCCUAA